AGGGACGUUGGAGUUUCUGCUGUUGGACAGGUGCAGGAAAAGUACGGACAUUAAUUGAUUGAAAGGGAAACGUGAGACAGCGGAGAGAUGUGUACUUUUGAUAAAGACAAAGGGCCAAGGAGGCUAAUGAAAAAGGGAUUAACUCUCAUCCUGGUUGGCCAUAUUAACUUCAUCCUUGGAGCUAUUGUACAUGGCAAUGUCCUCCGCCACAUUUCUAAACCCAAUCAGCAUAUCUCCACUGAAUACACUGUAGCCAACAUCAUCUCUGUCACCUCUGGCCUGCUGAGCAUUGCUUCUGGGAUUAUUGCCAUCGUGGUGUCAAGGAACCUGCAUGUGAUAAAACUGCAAAUCGGACUUCUAAUUACAUCGUUCCUGAAUGCCCUGCUCUCAACAGCAUGUUGUAUUGGGCUCCUUUUGGCCAUUAGUAUCACAGUUGCCCACAGUGGGCAGAGUUUGAUGCUGGGAUGCAAUGACACAAAGCUGCCCAUCAACGCUAGGUCACCUGUCAGUGCCAGGUGCCCAUUUGAUACAACACGAAUAUAUGACACCACCCUGUCGCUGUGGAUCCCUUGUGCUGUGUUGGCAGGGUUUGAGGCUGGGCUGUCUGUCUGGUGCUUCAUCGUUGGAUUGGCUCUCAGAGGGGUUGCACCAUGUGGAAACAGCUACAUCAAAGAGCAGUUGGAAGAAGAAGCUCAGUGUUCUGCCCACAGCCGACGCCUGAUUGGACAGAGCUUGAACCCUGACGCCUAACUGAGCAAAAAAGCAGGAAAGACACCACUCCAUGUUGACAAGCACAGCUAAAUCCCAAAAGGCAUUGCUGCACCUGUAUUGAGACUUGUACAUUUUGCCCUACAGUAAGCUGGGUGAGUGUCACUGUGGAACAAAAGUGAAAUCAGUUUUCAUGCUUUGUGGUAUCAUAUAACCACAUACCCCGAUUCAAGGAUGAGCUACCAAAUGGCUCUUUUUGCUUUCAUUUAUAAAUCAAAUUGUUUAUCUUGUAUCUGAGGCUAUGAGCAGAAUACAUUUGGGUUCAAUUAAUUGCAUCUGCACUUGCUGAAAUUAAUGGUAAAUUCAGUUACAGUGACGCAUGAAAAAAACCUCUGAAAUGUACAUAGGCUCAAAGUGCAGAUUCUGUGUGCAUCAAUGUGGAAGCUACAAUGAGACUGUAGUUUUAUCAGUAUCCAUCCAUGACUGUUUGGGUUCAAUAGUACCAAAUAUGUCUUUGUUGGAGUUGUAUGAAGGGAGACAUUUUAUAUUUAGCAAUAUUAUGUUUGAUUAUUUUAUGAAUUAAGGUACAUUUUAGCUUGUAUGAACUCUCAUUUCAGUAAAACAUUUUUGUUCUGUUCUCAGUAUUUUUAAUAUAUAUAUUUUUAAUAUAUAUAGUAUAUCUGAUUCAAACCACUCCAUUGCAUCUGAGAUGCAUUCAACAAACCAUACUUAUCAGUGUUUGCCUACAUACUAGUUUAUUGCCCACAAAUAAUAAAACAUGUUUUAUGCUAGCUGCAUAUGCACAUUGGUAAGUUGUAAUGUGGAGUCAUAUAUUGUAAAUUGUGAGAUGUGUUUGCUAUAAAAUACUAAAUUCUCUCUAAUACUAUGUAGAUACAGUAUUUGGCUUCAGAUUAAACAAGACCUGCUAAAUUGCACUUCUUGAAUAGUUUGUAUUGUUAGAUAAUUAUAAGGACAACUGCAGUUAGUGACAUGAUUAUUUGAGUUUCCACAGUGGCUUAAUGGGAAACCAUUGGUGUUGAACACACCAUAGAAACAGUAACUGUACUACAUUUCAUAUGUUUGG